CUGGCCGAUCUCUCUCUCCCCCCAGGCUGCUGAUGGCGGCCCCGAGGCUGGUGCCGGUGGGCGUGGAGCUGGGGGUCCUGCUCCAGGCCGAGGGGGCGGCCGAGCAGUUCGACGGGACCCUCUACUUCCAGAACGAGGUCGACACGCAGCAGAAAUGCUCCAGCGAGAAACCCUUCAGCCUGCGCCCCGGGAACGGCUACAUGCAGCUCCUCACCCUGAAGGUGACCCCGGAGCUGGCGGUUCGCUGUGGUCUGACCGCGCUGCGCCGGAGUCGCUACGUCCAGCUGGUCGCGCGGAGCCCCCAGCUGCCCACCCCGGGUGCCCGGACCCUGCGCCUGGCCUGGACCAGCCGGCGCGGGGCAGCUCUUCAUCCAGACCGACAAGCCGGUCUACACGCCCCGGCAGAAGGUUCACUUCCGAGUCUUCGCCCUGAACCACGAGCUGCGCCCCACUGCCGAGUCCAUCACCAUCACCGUCCUGAACAACCGGGGGCUGCAGGUGCGGAAGGUGGAACGGUUCCCGCAGAACUGGGUCAUCACGGACCAGCUCUCCAUCCCCGACAUCUCCGAGCCCGGGACCUGGCGCAUCACGGCGCGAUUCUCCAACGCUCUCGAGUCCAACACCAGCACCGAGUUCGAGGUGAAGAAAUACGUGCUCCCCAAUUUCGAGGUGAAGAUCAUCCCCGAACGGACCCACAUGCUGGUGACGGGAGAGGGGGGCCCCGAUUUGCGCAUUGACCUGCAGGUCAGGUAGGGGCAGCUCCCCCGACCCCCUCCCC